CGUUGCCGGGUCUUUCACUGUUCUGCUUAUUGAUCCUAACUGUUAAACCCUUCAAAAGCCCUAAACUCAAACAUCGCACUUCUGAAUCUCCAGAAGAAGAGGGAAACCGGAAAAACUCCAUAACUGAAAGAGAUGGGAAAAUUUCCACCCUCCAUGAGAGGAGCCAAGCUACCCAUGAACGCCCUUAUGAACAAAACCCCAUCUCAACCCCAUCCCCUCACUGAAAAUUUCCCUUAUUGGGCAGACAAAAAGAUUCCCAAGAAAAAACCCACAAAACUGCCAUCGAAAAUGACAUCUCAGCUCCCUGCAAUCACCUUCAAUCCCCCUAGCAUUUCAGAAGCCAAAACCCUUUUCAAUCAGCUUAUAUCAACUCCAGGAAAAACCCCCUUUGACCUCAGGUUCUGUAAUUCGGUCCUCCAGUCAUUUUCAUCCAGAGCGACCCUUCAAGAUUCAAUCUUUUUCCUCAAUCACAUGAUCAAGACUCACCCUUCAUUUUCCCCUGAUAGCUCUACUUACAAUGUGCUUCUCGUUCAAUCUUGCAAAGCUAAUGAUUUUUCUAUCUCAUCCGUCCACCAGGUGCUUAAUUAUAUGUCCAGCCAAGGUUUUCCACCAAAUAAGGUGUCUACGGACAUUGCUGUGAGGACCCUUUGCUCCUGUGGACGGGAAGAGGAUGCCAUUGAGUUGGUUAAGGAUCUAUCAGGCAAGAAUUUGGUUCCUGAUUCAUAUACUUACAAUUUUUUAGUUAGACAGCUUGUAAGGAAUAGGGAAUUGAGUACUGUGAAUAGUUUCAUCAAGGAAAUGAGGGAGGGCUUCGGGAUACAGCCUGAUCUGGUGACGUAUACAAUUAUGAUCGAUAAUGUCUGUAAUAGGAAGAAUCUCCGAGAGGCUACCCGGUUGUUGGGAGUUUUGAGUGAGGAAGGAUAUAAGCCUGAUUGUUAUGUAUACAAUACCAUUAUGAAGGGCCAUUGUAUGUUGAGUCAAAGUAGAGAGGUAUUGGAUGUGUAUGAGAAAAUGAAGGAGGAAGGGGUGGAGCCAGACCUUGUAACUUAUAAUACUUUGAUUUAUGGGCUAUCAAAAUCAGGGAGGGUGAAGGAGGCUAAGAAGUUUCUUGGCAUCAUGACAGAAAUGGGACAUUUUCCGGAUGCAGUUACUUAUACUUCUUUGAUGAAUGGAAUGUGCAGGGAGGGCGAUGCACUUGGGGCAUUGGCAUUGUUGGGGGAAAUGGAAGCAAAGGGGUGUAAUCCUAAUGUGUGCACAUAUAACACAUUGCUUCAUGGGUUGUGUAAGGCGAGGCUGUUGGAUAAAGGGAUUGAAUUGUAUAAGGUGAUGCAGGAGGGUGGCAUGAAGCUUGAGACAGGAUGUUACGGGACAUUUGUGAGGGCGCUUUGUAGGAAAGGUAGAGUUGCGGAAGCUUAUGAAGUUUUUGAUUAUGCAGUGGAGAGUAAGAGUAUGACUGAUGUUGCAGCUUAUUCAACUCUGGAAAGUACUCUUAAGUGGCUGAAGAAAGCUAGAGAACAAGGCCUCGCUGCUUGAUCUAGAUAGAUGGUGCUUUCCACUGGGCAAGUCUCUGGCGCUUUCUUGCUCUGUGUAUGGCAAAAAUCAAAAGCAUUGGCUACAGAAGUGCAAGCAAGUUUCCUGGUUCAAAGUUGAAAGAAUUCUUGAAAUAUGGAUCAACCCUGCUGUGUCUCAGUCGGAAAUGAUCAAGAUCAAUUCUUUUUGAGAGAAAUGAGGAUGGCCUGCUGAACUCUAAAAUGAAAAUGCUGAAAGUAAACUUCUUGUUGCGUACAGCUUUAUCAGCCAUAUUUUCUUAAUACGAAGUUAUAUAGCGAUUGGAAAUGCUGCAAUUCGAGUGGAAAGCUGAGUGCAUUACCCAGCCAAAAGUAAUAGAGAUCCAUUUACUAUAGCCCGUUUUCAACCCCAGGCGUGAAGUUGGUUGACUCUAGCUGGCAUUCUUGACAGCACCCUUCAUUUCAACAGGUCAUGAAGCUGCUGGCAUCCCAUAUUUACCUUAUGGCUCUGAUGAUGGGUUUUAAGUUCCCCGCGCCGCCCCCCCGCCCAAAAAAAAAAAACAUCAUCUUUCCUACUCAAUGGAAAAAGAUGUCCUCAUUGCCAAUGUUUCCCACGGUUUCAAACCUCCAUUUUUUGUGUUUCCUUUCUUGUUGUAAGGUGUUACUUUGGCAUAUACCUGACAACUAUACUGGCUUGCCCCACAGUAUGCACAUUAACAUAUAUAUAAUUUUGCUUGUAAGGGACGCUUAUGGCAUUGAUGAUUUGGGUAAUUUGUGUAAUUUUUAGUUCGGAAAAGGUUCUUUGAUUAUCUCUGAAACUAAUGGA